CCAGACGAACAUUUCCUGUCUACAUUGACCCAUCAGCUUUUCUGUCUUACGGACAUUGAUCUGACAUCGUGUGAAAUAAAAAAUAAAAAAUGUCGGGGUUGUUGAGGACCGUCGCCAGCCGCGCCGCUCCCGUCCUGCGGGGACACACUGUGACCCAGACGGCGAAUUUGUACACCAAACCGGCGAAGGAGAAGAUCGGCACCAUUGAAACAACAGUUGCGUUGGGCUUGUUCACUGUAGUGAUCCUGGGACCAUCUGGAUGGGUCCUGGCCCACCUGGAGGACUACAAAAAGAAGGAGUAAAGUGGACUCUUUAACUGUCAGAUCUGGUGCAUCACAUCCAGCCUCCGUCUCAUCCUGGAACCAUCUUAAUGUUGCGCUUCAGAGAAGAUGUUUUACUUUUGACUCCUCUACCUCUGUGACAGUUCCAAUUCCCAGUUACAACUUCACUUAAAACAGUGGCUCUGAUACAUCAAAUAUGUUAAAAUUGUGUUGUCAAUCUUCCCUCAUAAGGAGUGUGUUACAGAAUAAAAUUUUAAACUCAAA